UGUGUGGGUUUUUUUUAAAGGCUGUUUUAAUCCAUAGAGCAUACCCACACAAGCCUUCAAAUCUUUUCACCUGGGUAGUGAGUGAAUACACGCAACAAUAGAAAAGUGAAUCUGAAGUGUUGACAGGCAGGCCGGGAUGAUGAAGCUUUAACUUGGAGGACAGUCACCCUGAAGCUACAGUACUUCUCUGGAUGAACACGGAGACGUGGCUGCACCCGUACAUCCUGGCCCGUGCUCAGGCUGACAUCUGCAUGGUGACAUGCUACUGACAGGAGCCUUCACGUAAAUGGGUCCAGUCAUGCCUCCCAGCAAGAAGCCGGAAAGCUCAGGAAUUAGCGUCUCCAGCGGGCUGAGUCCGUGUUACCGGGGCAGCGGCUUCUCCAAGGCCCUCCAGGAAGACGAUGACCUGGACUUCGCCCUGCCCGACGUCCGCCUAGAGGAGGGGGCCAUGGAAGAUGAGGAGCUGACCAACCUGAACUGGCUACACGAGAGCAAAAACCUGCUGAAGAGCUUCGGGGAGUCCGUGCUGCGCAGCGUCAGCCCGGUGCAGGACCCGGACGGCGAGCCGCCGCCGUCGCCCGCCCACUCGGACGCGCCCUACGACGCGCGGCAGAACCCCAACUGCAAGCCGCCCUACUCCUUCAGCUGCCUCAUAUUCAUGGCCAUCGAGGACUCUCCCACCAAGCGCCUGCCCGUCAAGGAUAUCUACAACUGGAUCUUGGAACACUUUCCGUAUUUUGCAAACGCACCUACUGGGUGGAAAAACUCAGUGAGACACAAUCUGUCCUUGAAUAAAUGUUUUAAGAAAGUGGACAAAGAGAGGAGUCAGAGUAUCGGGAAAGGGUCAUUGUGGUGCAUAGACCCAGAGUAUAGACAAAAUCUAAUUCAGGCUUUGAAAAAGACACCUUAUCACCCACACUCGAAUGUGUUCAAUACACCUCCCGCCUCUCCUCAGGCAUAUCAAAGCACAUCAGGUCCACCCCUCUGGCCAGGCAGCACCUUCUUCAAGAGGAACGGAGCCCUCCUGCAAGCGUCUUUAGAAAUGGCCAUAGUCAAAGAAGACUGUGUGGCUAAAGAUAGCAAGACGAUGCCUGCUGCCUACUUUGAGAAAGUGUUUGGGGAGAUGACCGUUCUGAAUGCCUGCCCUGCACACCGGCUGAGAUGGGCUGCUCCGAGGGUCUCCGCCUUGCCCUCGCCGCUAGCCUCUCUUGGUUGGCUGGGCCUUGCCGGGCCACCGCUGGCCCGAAGCAAGUCGUCCCUGCUCCUGUCUGCGAGGAGAGGCAUGAACCGCUGCCCGUCGGAUCCUCCACGUCUGCCUGCCUGGGGCCUUCGUGGGCUCGGCAGGCCCCUGAGCUCCACAUGUGGAUUUGUUCGGAGAGAAGCUGCUGCCUUCACGGCUCUGACCGCUGACCGCUUGGGCCCGGCCUCAGAUUUACUGUCUCUGCGCGUCGGGCGGGUUUGGGGCUGGAGUCCCCUGGGGAAGCCCGCCCACGCCGCACCACCGCUGGCCCGUCCUGGGGGCAGACCCCCCCAUCUCCUGGCUCUUCUCGGAAAGCUGUUCAAACCCCCAUGCGCCCCCUCUCCAAGCAGACCUGCCCCCGGCCAGCCCGUCGGGCCCUCCUGGAUGCGGCCGCUGCUCUUAGGGCUGCUCCCGCAGAACGCAGGCGUGGGAUUCGAACACAUCCCCAACACGCACGGCUGA